AAAACUUCCAUUAAUUACAGAGGGGCCAUACACCAUCUUCAACUUCACUCCCAAAAUCAACGAUGGAAACUGGAAGCAACUCUGUAGAUCAAGAAGCCUGUAAUCACGUCGUCACGAUUUGGGAAGUGGACAAGGAGCGGCUUGCCCAGAUGGAAAAGAGGAUCUCCGAGACCACCCCACAAUUACUAAGCAUAGCCGCCGGUAGAAGCAGUUGUUGCAUCUUUAGAGUCCCCCAGAGCCUAAUCGACAUCAACGGCAAGUCGUACCAGCCCCGCAUAGUCUCCAUCGGGCCCUACCACCGCGGCCAGCCUAAUCUCCAAAUGAUGGAGGAGCACAAGUGGUGCUACCUCCGUUCUUUACUCUCCAGGACCAAGGAAGCCAAAGGUAUAACCUUAGAGGACUACUUGAAAAGCAUACACCCACUUGAAAAGGUUGCCAGAGAGUGUUAUUCAGAAACCAUCCACCUUGGCACCGACGAGUUCCUGGAGAUGAUGGUUAUCGAUGGUUGUUUUAUGAUUGAAUUGUUUCGCAAGGUUGACAAUACGGAACUGUUCGAACCGGAAGAUCCUCUCGUGACUAUGUCGUGGAUAUUACCGUUUUUCUACCGGGACUUUCUCCGGCUCGAGAAUCAAAUCCCUUUCUUUGUUCUCGAACGGUUGUUUGAAAUUUCCAAAACACCGGAUGAGGAGUCCGGCCCAUCUUUGUCCUUGCUCGCUAUGCGAUUCUUCAACAACAUAAUGCAAAGACCAGACCAAGUCAUAGAGAGGUGUCAUAAUCUCAAAGGCCUGCAUUUGCUGGAUUUGGUUCGGUCAAGUUUUAUCCCGCACGAUGAAGAAUCGCCACAACAAGAUGUGAACGCCCCCUCGCAUAUUAUUCACUGCGUCUCGAAGCUCCUCCGUUCGGGGAUCAAGCUCAAUCCGGGCAAGGCAGAGAGCUUCUUGGUGGUGAAAUUCAGGCGCGGCGUGAUUGAGAUGCCCAGCAUAACCAUCGACGACUUCAUGAGCUCUUUAUUACUCAACUGCGUGGCGUUCGAGCAGUGCCACAACAGCCGCCCCAAGCACUUUACCACUUACGCGACUUUGUUGGAUUGCCUUGUGAACACGGCCAAGGACGUGGAGUACCUUUGCGACCGCAACAUCGUUGAGAACUACUUAGGCACCGAGGCGGAAGUUGCGCGGUUCAUCAACAAUUUAGGCAAGGACGUGGCGUUUGAUAUUAAUGUUUGUUAUUUGUCGAAAUUGUUCAAUGACGUGCACAAAUAUCACGGGAACACUUGGCAUGUUCAGUAUGCGAGCUUCCAGUAUACGUAUUUUAAAACGCCGUGGUCGUUCAUUUCGGCAGUGGCUGCGUUUGUGCUUUUAGUGCUCGCGUUUUUGCAGACCUUUUACACCAUCUAUUCUCCCCCCUGA